AUGACAGACCCUUCCUUGCAGGCCAGUUUCGCCCAAGACGUUGUUUUACUGAAACUUGUGGGUAUGAAUCCUGUAGUAGUACACGGCGGUGGACCACAAAUCGAAAAUGCCUUGCAGCGCCUGGGCAAGAAAGGCGAGUUUGUGCAAGGCAUGCGAGUUACCGAUGCUGAAACUAUGGAAGUCGUGCAAUGGGUGUUGGCUGGGGAAGUACAGCAAGACAUCGUUGCACUUAUCAACCAAGCGGGUGGUAAAGCAGUAGGGCUCACGGGGCAUGACGGCGCCAUGAUACACGCCCAAAAGCUGCGUAUGCCCGAUUUGCAAAACCCGCAAAUGGAGCACGACGUAGGCCAAGUGGGGGACAUUAUCAGCAUAGACCCGUCGGUAGUAAAGGCCUUGCAAGACGACGCUUUUAUUCCGGUAAUAAGUCCAGUGGGGUACGGAGCAGAUGGCCAAAGCUCUGAAAAACCAGUGAAUAAACGAGCCUCCCCCGGGGAGAGACGCUUGCAAAUAUUGCAAACUUUGGCGCAACUGCUGGAAAAACCAGGUACUGAGCGCAUUACCACUGCUGCGCUAGCGCGGCAACUGCAAGUGAGCGAAGCAGCGCUGUAUCGCCACUUUGCCAGUAAAGCGCAGAUGUUUGAAGCUUUGAUAGACUUUAUUGAAGACACGGUAUUUGCACUCAUCAACCAAAUUAACCAAGCCGAGCAAAACCCUGCACAACCCGACGCUCAAAGCGCCCAGCAAGGACGCGCGCAAGCGCUGCGCAUAGCAGCCAUGCUCUUGCAAUUUGCUGAAAAAAACCCUGGCAUGACACGCAUUUUGACGGGCGAAGCUUUGGUGCUGGAAAAUGAACGCCUGCAAGAGCGUAUCUUGUUGUUUUUUGAUAAAUUUGAAGCAGCUUUGCGACAAAACUUGCGCGUUGCGGCUGCGCAGUCGGCCACCCCCACUGUCUAUGCCAAUCAACGCGCUGCCUUAAUAAGCGCCACCAUCCAAGGCUGCUUGCUACGCUAUUGCCGCUCAGGCUUUAAGCGUUUACCGACCGAAGAUAUGGCGCAAAACCUGCAACUACUUGUUUAA